UCUUCGAACUAUGAAAUCCCAGAAGAGGAAGUAGUCCCAAGGAGGAGAGUCCUUCUAGGCUGGAGUUCAUUCAUUUCCAAGUGGCCUGUCCAGCUCCUGGACUGCUUUAAUGCCUGGAGAAAUCCGUUUCCUCUGAGCCAAAGUCGGCCUCCCGACUGUAUCCCCGAGGCCCCACUGGUCCGUGCCGAGGCGUCGAGGCCAGUCACCUCCUCCUCCUCCUCCUCCAGCCAGGCGGACCGCCAGUCCACUUCUGUAGGGGCGACACCCAGCCCGCAGGCCACACGCCCCGCGUGUGCGGCGCCUUUAUUUACUUCGCAGAAGAGCCUUCGGCCCCCCUCCUAACAAGUCUGGAAAGCGUCACGGAGACGAGAUGUUGGGGACACUGGUCUGGAUGCUCGCGGUCGGCUUCCUGCUGGCGCUGGCGCCGGGCCGCGCGGCAGGCGCGCUGAGGACCGGGAGGCGCCCGGCGCGGCCGCGGGACUGCGCGGACCGGCCGGAGGAGCUCCUGGAGCAGCUGUACGGGCGGCUGGCGGCCGGCGUGCUCAGCGCCUUCCACCACACGCUGCAGCUCGGGCCGCGCAACGCCAGCUGCCCGGCCGGGGGCAGGCCCGCCGACCGCCGCUUCCGGCCGCCCACCAACCUGCGCAGCGUGUCGCCCUGGGCGUACAGGAUUUCCUACGACCCUGCUCGCUUUCCGAGGUACCUGCCAGAAGCAUACUGCCUGUGCCGAGGCUGCCUGACCGGACUCUACGGUGAAGAGGACUUCCGCUUUCGCAGCACACCGGUCUUCUCUCCGGCCGUGGUGCUGCGGCGCACGGCGGCCUGCGCGGGCGGCCGCUCUGUGUAUGCCGAACACUACAUCACCAUCCCGGUGGGCUGCACUUGUGUGCCCGAGCCGGACAAGUCCGCGGACAGUGCGAACUCCAGCAUGGACAAGCUGCUGCUGGGACCCGCCGACAGGCCGGCGGGGCGCUGAUGCCGGGGACUGCCUGCAUGCAUGAGGUCCCCUGGCCCUGACAAAACCACCCCAUGAUCCCUAGCCACUACCCAAUUUUUCCAAAAGGACAGCUACAUAAGCUUUAAAUAUAUUUUCAAAGUAGACACUACAUACCUACUACUAUUUUGAAUACUGGCAGAAACUAUUUUCAUAUUAGUAAUUUAGAGCAUGCAUGUUAUUUUUAAACAUCUUUGAUAUGCAAGCACACCAUAUACAUCCCGUUUUCCUCUAGUAGGAUUCUUGAGCACAUAAUUGUGGUGCUCAGAUGAACUUCUUUCAGCUCCACGGUGCCCUGUCUUUGAGUCCCUCCCGUUGCCCAGGCUUACUAAGGUGUUGCGGGUGCUCUGGAUCUGUGCACCGAAGGCCUCCCAGGUCCGUGGAGAGGGAGAGAUGUGAGGGGCCAGGAACCAAACUCCCCUUUGUUCUUUAGCAUAUGGUUGGUUUCAACUUUAUGAAGAUUAAAUUUUUUGGUGUUAUUCUUUCACAUUUGAAA